CGCAUAAGAGAGGUUAGAUUUCAAAUCGGAAUCCGAAGAAGUAUCAAGCAUCAAGCUGUUUACAGUUAUAAUUUAUUACUCUUUCGCAAGGAACGCUCCGUUUUCAUAAACUUAUCGAUUAUGGCCGAUUUUUAUAUUCGGUAUUAUGUUGGACAUAAAGGAAAAUUCGGCCAUGAAUUCUUGGAGUUCGAAUUUCGCCCGGAUGGAAAACUAAGAUACGCCAACAAUUCCAAUUAUAAAAACGACACCAUGAUUAGAAAGGAAGUAUAUGUUCACCAGUGUGUUAUGGAGGAACUGAAACGAAUCAUCGUCGACUCCGAAAUAAUGCAAGAAGAUGAUUCUUUGUGGCCCCCUCCGGACCGUAUUGGAAGACAAGAAUUGGAAAUUGUAAUAAAAGAUGAACAUAUUUCAUUUACCACAUCGAAAACUGGGUCUCUGGUAGAUGUGAGUCAGUCGAAGGAUCCAGAAGGAUUGAGGUGCUUUUAUUAUCUUGUGCAGGACUUGAAGUGCUUGGUGUUUUCUUUGAUUGGUUUACAUUUCAAAAUUAAACCCAUAUAAUUCAAAUAUAGCCAAUGAGCUGAUUUUGUAAUAAAAUAUAAGCCAGAAACUU